CCUUGCAAGGUCUUGCAGCUCCAUGGAUCUUUCAUCUUUCAUCCUUCUUUUCUUUUUGUUGCAAAUUCCUUAUCCAUGUUCAUCAGUCACAUAUGAUUACCUCCUCAAAGGCUCAUUUCUAUCUGUUGAGAAGCCAAGUGACGUUUUGGUUUCAGCAAAUGGUGAUUUUUGCGCUGGAUUUUUCUCUGUUGGGGAAAACGCUUUCAGCUUUUCCGUAUGGUUCACAAAGUCCUCAAAUCCAACAGUCGUCUGGAUGGCAAACCGAGACCAACCAGUCAAUGGAAAAGCUUCAAGGCUUUCCCUUUUGGAAGAUGGCAACCUCAUCUUGUCUGAUGCAGGUAGAGUCACCAUCUGGACCACCACAACGGCCUCAGCCUCCUCUUUGCAACUGCAGCUCCUCAACACCGGCAAUCUUGUUCUCCGUACAUCAGAUAGUGUGUUCCUCUGGCAAAGCUUUGAUUCACCUACGGAUACCCUUCUUCCUCAACAACUACUAACUUUAGAUGCCAGCCUUAUCUCAUCCAGAAGCCAAAGCAAUUAUUCUUCUGGAUACUAUAAGCUUUACUUCGACAAUGAUAACGUGCUUCGCCUACUAUACAAUGGUCCAAACAUAUCCAGCGUGUACUGGCCAGACCCAUGGCUGCUAUCUUGGGAAGCUGGAAGGACAACAUACAACAUCAGCAAAACAGCAGUACUAAAUGUCACAGGCCAUUUCAGCUCAUCUGACGAUUUGGAAUUUAAAGCAGCAGAUUUUGGCAUGGUGGUUAAAAGACGGUUAACCCUCGAUCCUGACGGUAACAUUCGAUUGUACAGCCUAGAUGAGUUCCUGAAGACUUGGGUUGUCACAUGGCAAGCCAUCAUGGAACCAUGUAGGGUUAAUGGUGUUUGCGGACCAAAUAGUUUGUGUAGUUACAAUCAUGUUUGGGGCAGGACAUGCUCUUGCAUACAAGGAUACAAGCUUCAAAAUCCCAAUGGCUGGUCUACCGGGUGUGAAUCAGAAUUCAAGAUCUCGUGUAAUUCUAGUCAGUUUCACUUUGUCAUGGUCUCAAAUGUAGAAUUUUAUGGCUAUGACAAAAACUACAAACAAAAUUCUACGUUACAGGAGUGUGAAGAGGAAUGCUUAAAGAUGUGCGACGAUUGCAAAGGGUUCCAAUUCAAAUUUGACACUGGUACAGGUGUCUAUUCUUGUUACCCCAAGGCACUAUUACUUAACGGACACCAUACACCUGAUUUUGAUGGAGAUGUGUAUCUAAAACUACCCAAAGCUGACAUUUCCUCUGAUAAAGAAGAAGUAAUGUUAGAUUGCCAUGGGGAAGUUCGUCAGCUGCUAAGUAGAACAUACAAAAAUGGCCAUGAGAACCGGUCCCUGAAGUUUUUGGUUUGGUUUGCCAGUGCACUGGGAUGCGUAGAGCUGACCUGUUUCUUACUGGUCUGGUGCUUCUUGUUUUGGGGUAGAAAAAAUCCUGACAAAGCUUUACAAGGAUACAUCCUUGCUGCCGCUGGAUUUCGAAAAUUCUCCUAUGCUGAGCUUAAAAAGGCAACAAGGGGAUUCAGUGAAGAGAUAGGAAGAGGAGGCGGAGGGGUUGUAUACAAAGGGGUAUUGUCUGACCAUCGGGUUGCAGCAAUCAAGCGACUGAAUGAAGCUGCCCAGGGAGAAGCUGAAUUCAUGGGAGAAGUAAGCUCCAUAGGGAGACUGAACCACAUGAACUUGAUAGAGAUGUGGGGAUACUGCGCAGAGGGAAAACAGAGGCUUUUGGUUUAUGAAUACAUGGAGCGUGGAUCCUUAGCAGAUAACCUCUCUUCUGCUACACUCAAUUGGGAGAAGAGGUUCGAAAUUGCCUUGGGCACUGCCAAAGGAUUGGCUUACCUUCACGAGGAGUGCUUGGAAUGGAUUCUACACUGCGAUAUAAAGCCACAGAACAUUCUCUUGGACUCUAAUUUCCGGCCAAAGGUGGCAGAUUUUGGCCUUUCCAAGCUCCUAAAUAGAGGUGGCUCGGACAAUAUGACCUCAAGGAUAAGAGGGACUAGAGGUUACAUGGCACCUGAAUGGGUUUACAAUCUUCCUAUCACCUCCAAAGUCGACGUCUAUAGCUAUGGGAUUGUAGUGCUGGAAAUGGUAACUGGAAAGAGCCAAACAAAUAUCCUUACUGUCGACGGUGGAGGAGUAAUCGAGCAAGGGGGGGUGGUCACCUGGGUGAGGGACAAAGUGAAGAAAGCUGCCACGAGGAAGGAGUCACGGAUUGAAGAGAUUGUAGACCCCAUGAUGGCCGGAAAGUACGAAAUGGGUAAGAUGGAAGUUGUUAUUAGAGUCGCUUUGCAAUGCGUGGAGGAAGAUAAGGAUGCAAGACCCACCAUGAGACAGGUAGUAGAGAUGCUUUUGCGCUGGGAGGAUGAACAUUCUAUGACCUUCUAGCUGAACUGAAGACCAGCUUCAGGUAUUGUACGAAAAUGUAAGUAAGGUCUUCAUGCUUGGAAUUCUGUUAGUCCUUUCCGUUGAUUCAUUAUGUUGCGCCCAUCAUCAUCACAAUGUAGCAGUUGGUGUCUUGUGAUGUAAUAUGUUAUUGGAUUUGUGUGUUUGCUUGGGAUACCGGUUUAAUAUACUUUUUAA